AUGGGGCGAAGCAGAGGUAGUGCACUGGUGGCAGCGCUGCGAUUGCUGCUGCUGCCGGCGAUCCUGCUGCUGUCGCGGUGCCGGACCGGCGCGGCGCAGUCCUCGCCUCCCUGCGGGUCCGGCGACCUCGACGCACUGAGAGGCUUCUCUGCUGGCCUCGAUGCUCCGGUCGCCGGCUGGCCUGCCGCGCCCGAUGAAGGCUGCUGCGCGUGGCCCGGCGUGCUCUGCUCCGGCGCGUCCGUCGUCGGGGUGGUGCUGCCCAACCGGACGCUCCGUGGGAAGGUGUCCGCGUCGCUCACCGACCUGACGGCCCUCCGCGUGCUCAACCUCUCAGGCAACGCGCUCCGCGGCGCGCUGCCGGCAGGCAUCCUCCGGUUGAGCUUCCUGGAGGCGCUCGACAUCAGCUCCAACGCGCUCGCCGGCACGCUUACCUCCCUCUCCAUCUCGCUCCCGGCAAUACGCGUGUUCAACGUGUCGUACAACGCGUUCAGCGAUGCACUGCCGGUGCUCCCCGGCGGGGCGAACCUCACGGCGUUCGACGCGUCAGGCAACGGGUUCUCCGGCCCCGUCGACGCCGCCGCGGUGUGUGCCUCGUCGCCGGGGCUGCAGGUCCUACGGCUGUCCAUGAACAGGCUCUCGGGUGACUUCCCAGCCGGGUUCGCCCAAUGCCGGUCGCUCACCGAGCUCUCGCUCGACGGGAACGGCAUCACCGGCGCCCUCCCCGACGACCUCUUCGCCGCCACGUCGCUGCGGAUCCUCGUCCUCCACACCAACUCUCUCUCCGGCGGGAUCUCCUUGGGGCUCCGUAAUCUCACCGCCCUCGUGCGGCUCGACCUCUCCUUCAACGCCUUCUCGGGCGCGCUGCCCGAGGUGUUCGACGCGCUCGCCGGCACGCUGCAGGAGCUCUCGGCGCCCAGCAACCUGCUCAACGGCAGCCUCCCCGCCACGCUCUCGCUCUGCGUCAACCUCCGCGUCCUAAACCUCCGCAACAACACGCUCGCCGGCGCCAUCGGCCUCGACUUCCGCGCCGUGAACCGCCUCGUGUACCUCGACCUCGGCGCCAACCGCUUCACGGGUCCCAUCCCCGCCAGCCUCCCUGAAUGCGCCGGCAUGACGGCGCUCAACCUCGGCCGCAACCGCCUCACCGGCGAGAUACCGCCGUCCUUCGCCGCCUUCCGGUCCAUCUCAUUCCUCUCCCUCACCGGCAACGGCUUCUCCAACGUCACGUCGGCAUUAAUGAUACUGCAGCGCCUGCCGAACCUGACGAGCCUCGUGCUCACCAAGAAUUUCCACGGCGGCGAGGCGAUGCCGGAGGCCGGGAUCGACGGGUUCACCAACAUCCAGGUGCUCGUCAUCGCCAACUGCGAGCUCACCGGCGCCAUCCCGGCAUGGAUCGCCGGGCUCAGCAAGCUCAAGGUGCUCGACAUCUCGUGGAACAAACUCACCGGUCCGAUCCCGCCGUUCCUCGGCGAGCUCGACCGCCUCUUCUACAUCGACAUCUCCAACAACUCGCUGCAGGGAGAGAUACCGGCGAGCUUCACGCGGAUGACGGCGAUGCUGGCUGGAAACGGCAGUGGCAACGACGAGGACAGGACGGUGCAGGACUUCCCGUUCUUCAUGCGCCGGAACGUGUCGGCCAGUGGGCGGCAGUACAACCAGGUGAGCAGCUUCCCGCCGUCUCUGGUGCUGGCGCGGAACAACCUCACUGGCGGAGUGCCGCCGGCGAUGGGUGCGCUGGCCAGGUUGCACAUCGUUGACCUGAGCUGGAACGGCUUCUCGGGGUCCAUCCCGCCAGAGCUGUCGGGGAUGACAAGCCUCGAGUCCCUCGACUUGUCGCACAACGCGCUCUCCGGCGCCAUCCCGCCGUCGCUGACGCAGCUCACCUUCCUCUCCCACUUCGCCGUCGCGUAUAACAACCUCUCCGGCAAGGUCCCCGUCGGCGGCCAGUUCUCCACCUUCUCGCACGUGGACUUCGCGGGUAACCCGUUCCUGUGCGGCAUCCACGUGCGGAAGUGCGACCGGAAUCAAACCGCGGGCGGCGCGGCCGGGAGCAGUGGCCGCAGGAGGAGCGCCGCCAGCGCUGGCGUCGUGGCGGCGAUAUGCGUGGGCACGGCGCUGCUGCUCGCCGUGGGCCUCGCCGCAACAUGGCGAGCGUGGUCGAGGCGACGGCAGGAGGACAACGCAUGCAGGGUGGCCGCCGGCGACGAGAGCUGCGACGACUCUUCGUUCGAGGCGACCAGAUCGUCCACCCUGGUGCUCCUCUUCCCAAGCGACGACGACGAUAGCGCCGACACCGAGAGGACGACGGUGAUCACGCUGGACGAGGUGGUGAAGGGGACGGGCGAUUUCGAUGACUCGCGCAUCGUGGGGUGCGGCGGGUUCGGGAUGGUGUACCGCGCGACGCUCGCCGACGGGCGCGACGUCGCCGUGAAGCGCCUCUCCGGGGACUUCCAGCAGAUGGAGCGCGAGUUCCGCGCCGAGGUGGAGGCGCUCUCCCGCGUCCGCCACCGCAACCUCGUCUCGCUCCGCGGCUACUGCCGCGUCGGCAAGGACGUCCGCCUCCUCAUCUACCCCUUCAUGGAAAACGGCAGCCUCGACCACUGGCUCCACGAGCGCGCCGGCGCCGACGUCCUCCCGUGGCCGGCGCGGCUGCGGGUGGCGCGCGACGCGGCGCGCGGGCUGGCGUACCUGCACGGCGGCGGCAAUGGCGCUGGCGCGUCGAGGCCGCGGGUGAUGCACCGGGACGUGAAGUCGAGCAACAUCCUGCUGGACGCGGGCAUGGAGGCGCGGCUCGCCGACUUCGGGCUGGCGCGGCUCGCGCGCGGGAACGACGACACGCACGUCACCACGGACCUGGUCGGCACGCUGGGGUACAUCCCGCCGGAGUACGCCAGCUCGCCGGCCGCCACGUACCGGGGCGACGUGUACAGCAUGGGGGUGGUGCUGGUGGAGCUGGUCACCGGGCGGCGGCCCGUGGACAUGGCGGCAAGGCUCGGCGCGCGGGACGUCACCGCGUGGGCCGUGCGGCUGCGGCGCGAGGGGAGGGGCCAUGAGGCCGUCGACGCCGCCGUGUCAGCUUCUUCGGGGAAGCACCGGGAGGAGGCGGAGAGGGUGCUGGAGCUGGCGUCCGCCUGCGUCUCCGAGAACCCCAAGGCGCGGCCCACGGCGCACCAGCUUUUCGAGCGGCUCGACGCCAUCGCCCGCACCGCCGCCGACCCGGAGACGACUUCCUCCGACGAGCAGCACGCAUGGUAG